CACUCACAUGGACCACCUCUUCUUCUUCACAUGCUUCUUCCCGGGGUCCUUCUCAGCAACGCCCUUACCAAGAUGGCAGCCAACAGUAGCAGCACGGGUAGCAAGUCCGGCACCAACACCUCCGGCGGGAAACAGUCCGGCCCGUCAGCCGAACAGGUGGUGGCAACAUUUCAGAGGAUGCGUCAGGAGCAGCGCAGUAUGGCUUCUAAAGCCGCAGAGUUGGAGAUGGAGAUCAACGAGCACAGCUUAGUAAUUGACACCCUGAAGGACGUGGACCCGUCGAGGAAAUGCUAUCGUCUAGUAGGAGGAGUGUUGGUGGAGAGGACGGUAAAAGAAGUUCUACCAGCCUUGGAAACCAACAAAGAACAGAUCUCCAAAAUAAUCGAGUCCAUCAACACACAAAUGCAGUCGAAAGGACGGGAGCUCACAGAGUACAGGGAACGCUACAACAUCCGGUUGGUGGGCGAGGGUGAAGGAGAUGCACAAGGCCAGUCGGCAGCGUCCUCCAGGGACAGCGAAGGAGGCGGGUCUAAAACCGGAGCUGGCGUUUUAGUGUCGUAGUUUGUAAUAAUAGAGCGUGACAGUAGGGCCUUUAUGAUUUCUGCAGUACUGAAAAACACGGUUGGAGUCCCAAAAUCUAAAGGUUUGAAGGUUGAACUGUUCACAGGCUUAGUUUUGACGUUAGAUGAAAUUUCUGCUAACCAUAAUGCACUUGGUAUUGAAGUUCGUCGACACAUAGUACGCAGUAGUUCUCUGCUUCUGUAAAGAUUAAAAGGUGUUUGUCUUGCAUUUGCCUUUCGCUGAAGCUGACCCUUUUUUUGUAUUUCUGGAAUACUGUGGCAUAAAUUAAAACAUCUAAACUCAAGUACUUGUUUCAGUCUUACUCUCAUUUACACACAAGCGAGUAAAUAUGAUUUCACUGGAGAUUUGAAGAAACAUACAAGACAAACUUCAGAUUUUGGACUGACAACUUAAAAAUGAGG